UGAGCUGGUUUAGCCCGAUGAGCGGCGCGAUAUACUAUCCUGCGCUGAACCAGGUACGGCGGUGGCCAAACAUGCAUUGUUGCAGUCCUGCUGACAGGCCCGUAGAUAGCAGCGGACCUCCACGUCACGCCUGCAAGAAUCAACAUAACUGUUACCACUUACCUCAUCAUUCAAGGUCUGGCACCGAUGAUGAUCGCUGGGUUCUCGGACAAAGCUGGAAGGCGACCGGCGUACUUCAUAUGCUUCGUCAUCUACAUCGCAGCCAACCUCGGCUUAGCGUUGCAGAACGACUACAUUGCACUAUUGCUGCUGCGAAUGCUGCAAUCGGCCGGCAGCAGCGGCACGAUUGCGCUAGCGAACGGCUUGGUGGGAGACACUAUCACCUCUGCUGAGCGUGGUAGCUAUAUCGCAUAUGCCUCAAUUGGUACACUACUUGGACCCUCGUUGUCUCCCAUUCUGGGUGGCCUUCUUAGCCAAUAUUUGGGCUGGCACUGGAUCUUUUGGUUCCUGCUGAUCCUGUCCGUCGUCUUCUUCAUUCCAUUGGUCUUGUUUCUGCCGGAGACGUGCAGGAAGAUCGUCGGUGACGGCUCAGUACCGCCGCCAUGGUCCAGCAUGAACAUUACAGACACGAUACGAUUCAACAAUCGCGCAAAGAAAGGCAUUCUUGUCGACGAGGCAAAGAAAGCAGAGUUGCGUCAGAACUUCCGCCUCACUAUCCCCAACCCACUAUCAACGCUGGUCGUGCUGGCCGACUUCGAGAGCGCUUUGAUACUCAUGGCCACAGGUCUCGCUCUCGCCUGUUUCUACGCCAUCUCCACUGGCGCGUCAGUCGUCUUCGGUACGCUUUACGGUUUCGACGACCUUUACAUCUCGCUUAUGUUUUUACCUUUGGGUGUGGGUGGCGCCAUUUCAGCAUUCACGACGGGCAGGAUGGUCGACUGGAACUACAGAAGGCAUGCCAAGCGUUUGAACUUCCCUAUUCACAAGACGCGCCAGACGGACCUCUCCGACUUUCCGAUUGAGAAAGCCCGAAUGGAGAUUGCGCUCCCAAUGUUCGCAUUCGGUGCUGCUGCCAUUGUCGGUUACGGCUGGAUGAUAACCCAUAAGAUCUCGCUUGCCGGACCCAUCAUCAUGUUGUUCCUUCUAGGCUACUGUCUCACAGCUGGCUUCCAAUGCCUGAACGUGCUAAUGGUGGACAUCUACCCAGGUCAACCAGCUACAGCCACUGCCGCCAACAAUGUGACGCGUUGCCUGCUCGGCGCUGCUGCUUCUGCGGCUAUUGUCCCAAUGAGUGAUGCGAUUGGCAACGGAUGGGCAUAUACCAUCUUGGCACUUUUAUUCGUUGUUUCCGGGCUAGGGCCGCUAGCGAGCAUGAAGUACGGCAUUCAGUGGAGGAAGGCGAAGAAGGACAAGGCGGAGAGGAGGCAGCGAGAGAAGCAGGCGAAGAAGGCAGCAAGAGUUUGAUCGGCGUGUUCGUAGCUCGUAUGACGAUAGUCAUGCUUCUCUACGGUAUCUGUAUUCAUAUAUGCAUUUAUCCGCCCGCCUUGUAUAGCCUGCACUGGUUCUUUUCGCUGCCAGCUAUUCGAUUUGGUGUAGCGGCUAAUGUCAAGCAGGAUUCGCGAAGGGUGUAAACAUCUGCACGGCAGUUACUCCGCUCUUUGCGUGAAUGCCCUUCUCAUGUCCAUCUCAUGCUCCGCAUGAAGAACAAGCCGUCUCAUUGGACAGUGGACUCAUGGAUCCCUGUGCGCCGUGGCUAACCUGCUGGUCGAUGCAUGAGUCAUCUGUCGUGAAUAGCACAGUCGUGAAACAGCGACAUCCAGUCCUUCCGACUCACAAUCGUUGCGCAACACAUGGUGUCAUGCUU